AUGUCUUCCAGAGGAUCAUCAACAACUUCAAGAAUCACAGAAGAUGAGAUCAAUGAGCUAAUCCUCAAACUACAAGCUGUGAUACCAAAGAGUACCGGCCGGAAGGUCACAACCAAGGCAUCAGCAUCGAAGGUUCUGAAGGAGACAUGCAACUACAUAAAGAAGCUUCACAGAGAGGUGGAAGACCUCAGCGAGAGACUGUCAGCUUUGAUGGCCUCUAUGGACAACAACAGCACUGCAGAGGGAGAACUUCUGAAAAGUCUAAUUGUUCAAAUAAUAAGUGAAUCUGUGAGAGAUAGUGUGAAGUGA